AUGGACGAGACUGCAAAGCGCCCGGGAGACGAAGUCUCCCUCUCGUCAGGCGACGAUGCUAUCCUCCCGGAAGGCCAAAUCGACCCCGUCUACGAGAAGAAGGCCCGCGUCUUGAACCGCGCUAUCCAGGACAUCGGCAUGGGCUGGUACCAAUGGCAGCUGUCCGCCGUGAUCUCGUUCGGCUGGGCAUCCGACAACCUCUGGCCCAUCGUGACGUCGCUCAUCUUCACGCCGGUGACCAACGAGUUUGGCCCGGCGCGCCCGCCUCUCCUCACGCUGAGCCAGAACAUCGGCCUGCUGGCCGGUGCCCUCUUCUGGGGGUUUGGGUGCGACGUGUUUGGGAGGAAGUGGGCAUUCAACCUCACGCUGGGCAUCACGGCUGUGUUCGGCAUGGCGGCUGCAGGCGCGCCCAACUUUGCCGCCAUCGGCGUGUUUGCCGCGCUCUGGUCGUUCGGCGUCGGGGGGAACCUGCCUGUCGACUCGGCCAUUUACCUCGAGUUCCUCCCAGCGUCGCACCAGUAUCUGCUGACCGUCCUGUCGGUGGCGUGGGCGAUCGCCCAGGUGGUGGCCACGCUCGUGGCGUGGCCGUUGCUCGGGAAUCUGACCUGCGCCGAGGGGCAGGUGCCGUGCACGCGCGGGGAGAACAUGGGCUGGCGGUGGUUCUUGAUCACCAUGGGCGGGAUUACGGUGAUCAUGUUCCUGGUGAGGUUUUGGCUGUUUACGAUCUAUGAGUCGCCCAAGUAUCUGAUGGGGAAGGGGAGGGACGAGGAUGCGGUGCGGAUUGUGCAUGAAGUUGCCAGGCGGAAUGGCAAGACGAGCGACCUGACCGUGGCGGACUUGAAAGCGUGCGAGCCGGAGGGCUAUGUCCACCAGGCCAAUGUGGCGCAUGCCGUCAAGCGCAAACUCGAGGAUAUCAAGUUCGAGAGGGUCCGGACGCUGUUUGGGACAAGGAAGCUUGCCCUGUCGACUGGCCUGAUCAUGGCGAUCUGGGCGUUUAUCGGGUUGGGGUAUGAUGAUUUUCGAGAUCUCUUGCGGAUCGAGCGGCAGUAUCCCCUCUACAACGCCUUCCUGCCGUAUAUCCAAGCGACGCGCGGAGCGGAUUUCGGCGACGGAUCAACAUACCUGACGUACCGGAACUCGCUCAUCAUCGCCGUGCUUGGCGUCCCAGGCGCCUUGCUCGGCGGAUUGUUGGUCGAGCUGCCUCGGUUCGGGAGAAAGGGGACGCUGGCACUGUCGACCGUCCUGACCGGUGUGUUCCUGUACGGCUCGACUACAGCCCUCAACUCGCAGGCCCUCCUGGGCUGGAACUGCGCCUUCAGCUUCACCAGCAACGUCAUGUACGCCGUGCUCUACGGAUUCACUCCGGAGCUGUUCCCGACCCCGCAGAGGGGCACUGGCAAUGCCUUGAGUGCGACUUGCAAUCGCAUCUUCGGCAUCAUGGCGCCCAUUGUUGCCAUGUUUGCCGACCUCCAAACCGCUGCGCCCGUGUAUACCAGCGGGGCCUUGUUCAUCGCUGCAGGGCUGUUGGUGCUUCUUCUGCCGUUCGAGUCAAGGGGAAAGGCAGCGUUAUGA